AUGUUUGUGCACUUGGCCUGUUGUGAACUGGGAGAGCGCGCCGCGUGUCGCGUCGCGGUCAUGUGGGAAGCUGGAAAGAAAUGUGACAUCACAAAAUUUCGAUAGCCUAGGCGACGCUCGUCGUUUUUUUUCUCUUUUCCACCGCCUUUCGAAAUAAAAUUUUCUGCGCAGAUUGUCACGUGAAACAUCUCGUUUUCAGUCGAUUGCUUUCUUUAUUUCUUUUUGCAAUUACAUUUAUUACAGCCUUAUUUUCAAUAUUUUCCGUGUUUUGAUAAUCUACUUGCAGAGUAAUAUGUUCUAAGCUACCAGGAAUGAAUGGUUCGUUGGUCGAUCGAGAAAACAGUGUUAGUGAGGUAAAUACUUUGCUUCAAAUUGAUCAUUUUCCUUUACGAAUGAUAUUUUUUACACUAUAUUUAUUAAUUUGUUUUCAUUUUGUGGUGAGCUCACAGAUUCGGGAGAUUUAAUUAGAUAAAUAUCACCGUUGUUUCAAACAGUAUUUUUAAAUAAGAAUUUCGGUUAAAUGAAUUUUUGAAUUAGUUUUUUCAAAAAAGAAAUCUCUAGCAAACAAGACAAUAUACGGAUUUCUAUGAGGCAAAAUUAUUCCAGAAAUACUACACCGGCUCGACUAAUGGCAGGCAUUCCCCAAUGCAUCGCAAAAGGCGACGUGACUCGAGUAAUGUGGGUUUUCUUUUGAUACCGAUUUUUUUUAUUUCUAAGUUUUUUACUAGCUAAUAUUAGCAGGCUCACAGUCUAUAAAGAAUUCACUUUUGAUUGAUCUAUAAAGGUAAAUUUGUCUAUACUACCGUCGAAUUAACAUUCAGUCAGUUUUUAUAAGGAAGUUCGGAAAGACCAAUUUUUUCAAACAUGAUAUACGGUCAUACAUGUGUGGGCCGAGAAUUUCCAGUCGAUCUCCUUUUUUCAAAAUAUCAAUUUACAAAAGGCGCCCUACUUUCAAUUUCAAAAUGUUUCAGUCGUCGUCUUCGCCUUACGAGGUGAUAAGCGCAAGAUCCGAACAGAAUGGAUCGACCAAACUGGUAAAAUAUUUGAAUCUCAUGGUUAUUGAUCAUUUUCUAAACUCUAGAAAAUAUCGCCGUCUGAAUCCAGUCCGAUUCUGUCGCCAAGCAGUUCUGGGGGUUUUCCGACGUCUCCGAACUCUUCUAGCUCUGCGACUCCUGUUUGUCCCCCUCCGCCGCCACCACCGCGAAGGUUUUCCUCUUUUUUUUUCUUUUUCCAAAAGAGUUUUUUUUAGGUUACAAGAGCCGGCAUCGCUCGAAGUACCAAGGUUGGUUUAUUUUUGUUUUCACUCACUUUCUUUUUUUUUAAUACAUGUUAAACUUGGUGUUUAUAUAGCCUUUUGGCACUUUUUUGUAUCAAAGUUUUCUGCGAGUGUGAUUCAGCGCAGGUAAAAGCUAAAAAAUGUUACCAAUAACGAAUAAAUUUCAACGAAAAACGUAAAUACGCGAUUUUUUAAAAUAGUUGUUUAAACUACGUUCCAAUAUCAUCUCUUAUUUUUUUCAACGGAAAAAGUUUUUUAAGGAUGAUUUAGAUGCAAAUAAGUGACACGAAAAAAAAUCAAAGAAAGUAAAAUAUUUCCACAGCUGGUUAUUUUUCGAUUAACUGAUGCAGAAUUUUGAAACUGAGCUUUGUCGAAAAAGUCCUUUCGACGCUUAGUGAAAUCUUUAAAUUCUUCCUUUCUUUUUGAUGUUAAGAUUUUCCACAUGAAACUCGACGAAAUUUUUACCUUUAUUCCAAUUUUUUUGUAAGGGGCGUAGUUUUGACAGUUAAGCUGGAUAAUUUUUUUCAUCAAAUUUUUCAAGAUUCACUAUAUAAUUAUAAAAUUGAAGGAAACUAACUUCAAAAACCUAACCUGUUUGAUGAUUAUAAAGUAAGAAGAUUCCAAUUUGGGUGUUGACGAUUCAGAUAUAUUUUAAUGAGAAUAAGAUUUUCGAUCUUGCUGAGAUAAUGGAACAUCAAAAAUGGAUCAAAGUGCGUGUAGGGGAGAUAUCAGAUGCGGUUUUGUUAUGUUUGGAGGCCGUCGUAGGAAGAAGAAGGAGAGAAACGAUGGUUGGGUUGUAUUAAAGAGGUCACCGCGGGCCGAAGACGCCGCCGAUGCCUUGCGAAGAGGAAGAAGACGUGCGCGACUGGGGCGAAGAGCCGUUCGGCGUCGACGACUGCGUUCCUCCGCCGCCGCCGCCUCCGGACCUGCUCGCCGAGCCCAUCUCCAACAUCUACAUGUCGCAGGACCACUACAUGUAACCCUUUUCAUAUUCUUUUCAAGUACUUCUUCCUAAAUUAGGGAAAUCUCAAGUUCUUCUAAUAUUUCCAGAGAGGAUCUUUUCAUUUUAUUGAUUUUAUCAUGUAGUAAUGCUUUAAAAAACAUUUCUCUGAAAUUAGCAAUACAACUCAGUAGUUUUAAGCAUGAAGAAAGUUGUAUCUUAGCUCGUUAAGGAGUUUUCGUCAGUUUGUGUGAUAUUCCUUACGAAUUUCAGAACAAAGCUGAAAUAUGUUUUUCGCUUCGAAACUUCUAGGAAAUUAGUCCAUUCUUUCAAAAAAAAAACCUAGCAUGAUCUUUGGAAAAUGCUGUGAACAUCACCCUGAUCUUCGAAACGUAUAUUUCACGACUGAAUAUUUUUCAGGAUGCAAUAUCCUCCGCCGUAUGCGUACCAUCCCAUGUACUACAACGGCAUGAUGUCGAUAGGACCGCCACGUUAGUUUUUUUAUUCAUUUCCUGAUUUUUGCGGUGGUUUUUUUAAUCUAUUUUUAUUUUUGGCUUUUCAUUAAUAGGAAUUAAAAAUCUAUUUAAAAAUUUGUUAGUUUUACUUUUCACGGUAUUAAUGUAAAGAACGUUUUUCAGUAUAGUUUAUUAGUAGAUUAUUUAUCCAUAAAUCAAAAAGCUGAGUUUAUAAAUUUUGAAUUUUCUGAACUUUCCAAAAAUUAUUGAUAAUUCACUUAAAUGAAAGUAUAAAAAAAUUUUUUUACCGAAGUCAUUAAGAACAUUAAGGUCAUCGGGUUACAACUAAAUUUAUCCAUUUACGGAUCCAAUACAGGAUACUUUUCAACUUGAUUUUCAAAGAUUUUCGAUUGAUUUUUUCAGCAAUGGGUGUACCUAUGCCAAAUGGUCAUUCUUCCCAUGUUGCGCCGGCGGUGAAGCUCAUCAUUCGAGACUGUUCGCCACCGCCGCCGCCACCUCCUCCGCCUCCUCUGCCAACAGUACAUAUCACUCUAGUUUUCCUUUUGAGUUUCUUUUUUCAGAAAAAAGUGGAAAGAAACGGAACGAGAUGGAGUUCGGUGGUUCCGCCGCCACCGAAGCCGCCUCAGAACCUGGCCGAUCCGCCGAAAUCGCCCCCUCCGCCGCCGCCGCCGAAGAAGAGAAUGGCUCUGGCCGAAGACGACAUCGUCCGUCAGCUUCUGCACGACGCCCAUCAUCCCUCCUUUCCCGUCGCCAAACGAGAAGCUCCCAAGCUCGCCAAAAAAACGGAUGUGAGCAUUAUUUCAUGCUCUAUGCAUACUCAUAUAUGGGUGUAUCAAAUAGUUUGGCCAGAAAUCAUUGAAAUUUCAACUAUUUUUGUUGCUUCACAGCUCAGAACUACCUUUUCAGUGUAAUCUAGAAUAUAAUUUUCCACAAAGUUCUUCACAUAUUUCUUCUGUUUACCUAAUACCAUCUUUUCAGGCUUCGAAUGGUCGAGCGGAGGAAAAGAAGAAAAUUGAACUGAAGAGGACAAAAACGGAAAAAACAACGACUGAAAAAGUUUUCAUCAUUGUUUGUGCAUAUACAUUUGCUGAUUAUUUGAGGUUUCUGUUGCGGCAAACCUCAUCAAAAAGCCGAAACUCGAAGAAUCUUCUGUGGUUGAAUCGGCAGCGGUUACUGUAGAGAAGACCACCACCACCGUCACUCAAGUCGCGACCGUCAAAAAGUGAGAUAUUUUUAGUGUUUUAUUCUCAAUGAAUAUACUUCAACUGAAUAUUUUUGUUAACCUGAAUUUUCAAUCUGUCUGCCGCCCGCAGUGAAGUGGAUCAAAUGGUUUUUUUCUAGGAUUCCUAAGUAAUCUUCAAUAAUUUUUUUUUCUUCAAACUUUUGUUCAUUCAUCGAACUCAACUGUGAUUAAACCAACUUCUCGAUUUCAGAGAAACGAAUGGAAGAACAAGCCCUCCGAACAAAGAACCAAAGAAGCUGGGUCGGCCUCCUAAAAACGUGGAUAAACCAAAAAAGCCUGAAGAAACAAUGGAAAAAGAGGAGAAGAAAGUAAAGCGAGAAGAAGAAAAGAGCGAGAAGGAGGUCAAAAAAAUGAAGAAGGAGAAGACUGAAAACGACAAGGAUAAGCAAGAAAGCAAGAAGAAAGAACACAAGGAAAAGGAGCCGAAGGAGAAGGAACCGAAGGAAAAAGAAAACAAAGUGAAGGAGCCCAAAGAGAAAGAACAUAAAGAGAGAGAUCCCAAAGAAAAGUUGCAAAAGCAGAAAGAUGGAGAGAUCAGCAAACCGUCGCAAAAGGUAUGUUUGAAAAGGAUUCCAUAAAAACAUAUGAAAUUUCAGUCGUGUUCGGAGAGUCACAAGAUUCGCGAAGAAAACUUCAUCAAGCCGAAAAAAGAGCCGAAAGAAGAGCCGGAACACAGGGAAAAACAUCCAAAAGUCUUUUCAUGCAGUUCUCCGAACAAAGUUGAACCUUUCAGGUUUCUAUUCUUGAGUUGGAUUAUGUUUAUUUUUUUGUUUUGUAUAAUUUAGACCUAAAGAGAACUCGGAGAAAAUAGUUGUGAAGGAAGAGCCGCUGGAUUUCGAUUCGCCCCAAAAAUUAGAAAAGAAAUCUUCUGGAAAGGAUAAAUUGCCGAAAAUUUCUAGUAAGGUAAGCUUUUUUUUAACCAUUUUCAUUUGAAAUAAAUUUUUUUCAGUUCCGAAAGCUGAUUCACAUUGAGACGCAUCCAAACGGAGGUGCCUCGAUUUUGUCGGCGGAUUGGGAUCGAGUACAAAAGGAAUUGGAAGAAGAAGAUCUGUGAGUUCGAGGGAAGAGUGGAAGGAAUUGUCAAUUAGUUGUUUCUUCUGAAAAUGUUGAUUUUUGAAAGAAUUUGCGGAUCUUCGGGAUUUCACGACUCGCCAAGUUUUUUUUUUCCAGGGAGAAGUUUGCGCGACAGUUCAUCCGUCUUGGGUUGGCAGAGUCGAAUAAUGUCCCCAUUUUUGUGGCGGGCAUUUUGCAGAACGCUGCUGGCUACUUGGACGUGAGUACCGUUCUUUUUUUUUCAAUAGAAUGUUCCCCUUUUCAGGACGUUUUCGUGCAUCUCUCGGAGAAGUACCCGACUCUCCCGGUCAAAGUUGGCUCUCUGACGAACAAACAGCUCGUCGAGACAAUGUCCAUGCGACAGUACCACGACCAAGUCAUGGAAACCUGUCAUCACGGCACUUUCAGGUACAUUUUUGUUCAAAUAAAAACGAAGUGAGAAGUUGAAAUCAACACUCUUUCUCUCGCUAGAGGGCGUUAACGGAGAUAGUUUCAUAUAUGUUUUUAUCUUUCGAUUUUGAGUAAUGCAUUGGGUCGGGAAACUGUUAUGAAAAAAAGUACUUUGCAUAUUCUUUUUUUAUAUGAUAAAUUUGAACGAAAAAAAAUCAACUAAAAAUGAAGUUCUGAGAAUCAAAUUUCGUUUUUCAAAAAAUUUGCGCUUGAGCUCACAGAAACUAUUUUUUGAGAUUAUCAUUCAAAGUUUUUUUUUCGAGACAAAAAUAUGAAUAUAUUGUGAAAUAUGUCUCAUUAUAAAAAAAUUUUGUUUUGCUGCAGAAGCGGACCAAUGCACUCUUUGUCGAUGGUCGGAGCCAAACAGGAGGAAUGUGGCGAUCAUUUCGCCGAUUUGAUCGCUCAGUUGGAAUCUUCUCCCAUUUUGUGCCCUCUUAUGCCCUGGGGCGAGUGGUCUUCCAUGAAGAUGGGGGACGUCACCGAGAGCGACGACGGCCCCAUCUACUGGGUCCGGCCUGGUGAACAGGUUCUUAUUAUUUUCUUCUUUUUUUUUUUGUUGGGUAAUCUCCUUCUGCUGAUCAUACAACUUUGCAGUUUCGUGAAAUGCUUUUUGCCUUUUCUUAGUUUCUCUAUAGUUAAAAUCAGAAUCCGAAUAAACAAAAAGUCACACGAGAAUCGCGAAAGAAACUUUAUUCACAUAAGGAUCUCUUUAUUUACUCUUUUUCACUUUUUUUAAAAAAAUAAUAAUUUGCAUCUUUUUUUCCGUCAGAUCACCUCUAAAUAUUUCAUCGGCUUCAAAGAAAUGAAAAAAAUACUCAAUGGAACUAUAGAAUUAUUAUAACAAAGUACAAUCCCAUUCAGUUGAUUCUCCGACAAGAAUUAUCAUCAGGACUUUCUUGCACGUUGAUGAAAUCAUGAUCAAAACGGUAGUGUAGUGAAAACUAAAAAUUAGCUCCUAAAUAAAAUGGUUCCUUUCCUGCAUAAUAGUUUCACAACAAACAAAGUAAAGCGAUAAGCUGAAAACGAAUAGAAAGUUUUCCUUAAAAAGUCAACGGAAUAUGAAUCAUUUGUUUCUUUUUUUCUCGGUGUUGUUUAAAAAUUUCAAUAAUUUUAGCUCAUUCGAACUGAUGAAGUCAAAGAGGAAAAAAACGGCGACGGGGAACUUCUUCUAAUCGAAACACGAAUCUCACAAUUCGGUAAAUUAAUUUUUUUUCACAUUGGAACAACGUUGAAGUUAUCUUUUUUUUCAAAUAUGAAAAAGGUAUAAUGGAUUUUUUCGUUCAAAAAAAGAAUGCGGAAAUAUUAUUUUUUUUUUUGUACUAGGCGCUGGGAAUAUUAAUCAUAUUCAAAAUGUUUCAUUUUUUGUUUUAAAUCAUCUGCAUGUAGUAGAAAAAAAGUUGGAAGCAUGGUCUUACAGUCCUUUUACUCGUUCUUCUGCGCGUAGUUCAUUCAGUUGCGUCUUGAAGAGCUCACAAUGUAGCGGAUGUUGUGGCCGAUAACAACUAUAUUCUGAAAAAUAUUUGAAUAAGUUUUUGAAAAGUUCAGUUUUUCCUGUUUCAUUAAUUCAAAAAAAACAAUACUAUUUCAUAUAAAAUCGAGAAUAAAUUUCUCGAACUUCUUUAUGGUUUGAAGAUAAUAUUUCUUCAGACAUUCUGAACGUCGAGAGCUUCUGUUUGAAGAUCGGACGCCUUGCCACGCCGACCACGUCGGUGACGGUUUGGAACGGAAAACGACGGCCGCCGUUGGUAUUCUCCAAUCUAUUCGAUCUCCAAAUGAGAAGUACUCCUUUUUGAACCUUCUCAUCUUCAUUUUUCACAAUGUCCUCAGGUCAAAGACAAAAGAACAGCGAGAACGUCGGGCUGUGAAGGACGUCGUGACGUUCCACGCUGCCGACUUCGAGCGGAUUGUCGACCGCUUGCAGUUGGAUCUCUACGAACCGCCCAUGUCCCAGGUAUCCAACAAUUCUCUGAUUUGGAACUUUCGUUCAAAAAUACGUGUUGAGACGUUUGAAAUAUAGUCUAUUUUUCCCGACUUGAAAGGCGGGGAGGCAGAGAAGUGUAGGGGACAUCGCUCUUUUCAUUUUGAAUUAUUUAUUGACUUUUUUUCAUUUCUGCAUCAAAAAAGGUAGAAUAGACAUAAAAAGAGCGGCGAACGAGUUUUUUUUUUAAUAGUCGCUGGCGGUUCAAAGGAACUCGUGCCCAGAACCGCGUACCCACACGCUACGUGUCCCGCACACUUCUCUGCUUCCCUCGCCUUUCAAGUCGCGAAAAAUUGACUAUAGAAUUUGAUUUCUUUUUUUAGUUAAAUAAAAAAGGCCAUGAAAAGUUCUUAAUGUUAUUUUUGUGGAAAUUUCUGUGUAUUUGAACAUGCCAAGGAGAACCAUUUAAAAAAGAUCAUAUGAAAAUUUUGUUUUAUUCUAGUCCCAAAAAUAGUUUUGUUACCAAUAAAAAAUCCAAGAUUUUUUUAGAAAUGGUUGACGAGCUUUUGCGAUUUUCGAGAACAUGUUUUACUUCUGUUUAAUUCUUCGAAAAUUGAUGGAAUAGAAAAUGAGCUUCAUUAUUCUCAUUAAAACUCUCCUCGUGCCGAAUUUCAAUUUUCAGUGUGUACAAUGGGUUGAAGAAGCGAAGCUGAAUCAACUACGCAGAGAUGGAAUUCGGUACUCGAAAUUCCAGGUAAUCUUCUUUUUUUUUAUAAUACAUGUGAACUUUUUUUCAAACUGAUAAUAAUAAACUUCUCUAGAGAAAGCUAUAAAAGAGUAGUUAAACCAGAAAAUCGGGUUCGUGCUUUCAGCUACACGAAAACGACAUUUAUUUUCUGCCGCGUCGAAUCGUCCACCAGUUUCGAACAAUUUCGGCCUGUGCUUCUAUUGCAUGGCACGUCCGUCUCCAGCAGUACUAUCUGGAAGACGAAACCGAAGAGAAACUUUGA